AUGUUGACAGGUGUGGUGUUUCUGUUUUUGUCUGUUUACAUUUUGAUCGCGGCUUCGUCGUGGUCUGGCACGGUCAAGGACGACCUGUUAAGUGAGGAUGAGGUCAGGGACAUUGAAAAGUUUGUGGGUGACGUCAUGGGCUGUGCUAACAUUCCAGGUCUGGCUCUAACUGUGAUACGGGGUGAUGCAACUUUUUCUACAGGCCUAGGAGUGGCUAACAUGGCUACUGGACAUCCAGUGGACAAGAAGACCCUGUUCAACCUGGGCUCCACGUCCAAGGCUUUCGUGCCGUACGUCCUGGCGGAGAUUAUGAACGGCAGAGAGAAUCACGACGGCAGGAUCACAUGGAACAGCACUCUCAGAGACAUUCUCAGACACGACCGUGACCUGGAGCUGCCUCUUACCUGGGCGGAUAUGACCUUAAAGGACACGCUUGUCUUCAAGUCCGCAAGUAGCGCCGCAGACAUGGCCACCAUGGUAGGACUUCCGCUGAAUACCACGAGAGAGGAAAUGCUACGGCGACUUCGAUUUCUGCGACGUACCCCAGAAUUCCGCAACUCCAAUCACUAUAGCAACUAUAUGUACACAGUCGCCGGCCAUCUUGCAGAGCGGAUAUCCGGAACUCCAUGGCAAAGGCUAGUCAAGACCAGGGUCUUUGACCGGCUGUCCAUGAACACGUCAACGUUUGCCCCAGAAGGAAUGGCGGCUGACGAUGUUGCACUGGGCUAUAAAUUUCACACGUCCAAGCCUGGAGAACAGUUCAUCGAGCAGAACUCCAGCGUAUUUAA